CCUCGCACUCGCUUGCUUCUCUUCAAACUCCUGGCUACCCACCCGUUUGCGCCCCUCUCACGAUCAGACCAUCUACCCCAUAAAACGAAAACAAACAAGCCCAUCGUCAAAAUGGCGUCCACCACUACCACCAUUGACCUCACCCCACACGAAAAAUACGACCUGAUAACCAGUAACCUACAAGAAGUUCUAAAGCCAAACAUCAUUAAAUCCGUGCUGGCCGAGAACCGCCCCCUAAAGAUCUACUGGGGUACUGCGCCAACAGGCCGUCCGCACUGCGGGUACUUCGUACCGAUGGUGAAGCUCGCUCACUUCCUGCGCGCAGGCUGCGAAGUCACAGUUCUGCUAGCAGACAUCCACGCAUUCCUGGACAACCUAAAAGCCCCUCUGGAGCUAGUGACGCACCGGGCAAAGUACUACGAACUAGUCAUAAAGUCCGUCUUGCGAGCCAUCGGGGUCCCGAUUGAGAAGCUACGCUUCGUGCUCGGGUCCUCGUACCAGAAGGGGGCCGCGUACGUUAUGGACUUGUUCCGCCUCAGCUCUAUCGUUACCGAGCACGACGCGAAGAAGGCGGGUGCGGAAGUGGUCAAGCAGGUUGCAAGCCCUUUGCUAAGCGGCCUGAUUUACCCGCUCAUGCAGGCGCUCGACGAGGAGCACUUGGGCGUCGACGCGCAGUUUGGCGGCGUGGAUCAGAGAAAGAUAUUCACACUUGCGGCUGAGAAUUUGCCCGGGAUCGGGUUCAAGGAAAGGGCGCAUCUGAUGAAUCCUAUGGUCCCCGGCUUGGCUGGAGGCAAGAUGAGCGCUUCUGAUCCGAAUUCCAAGAUUGACUUGUUGGAUGGUGAGGAGGUUGUCAGGAAUAAGUUGAGAAAGUCGCAUUGCGCUCCCUCGGAGGUGGAGGGGAAUGGGGUUAUCUCGUUCGUGGAGUAUGUGCUUUUUCCCAUUGCAGAGUUGGCGGAUGAGAAGGGGGAAGGGAAGUUUGUCGUGCCCAGGGAUGAAAGGUGGGGUGGACCGGUCACUUACUCCUCCGUCGUGGAGCUUAAGAAGGAUUACCAAGAGGACAAGCUAUCCCCGAUGGACCUAAAGACGGGAGUCGAAGAAGCCCUUAACAAACUACUCGCCCCGAUUAGGAGGGACUUUGAACAGGACGAGGAAUUCAGGACGGUUGCAAAACUAGCUUACCCAGAUGAGGUUAAGAUUAAGAAGAAAAAGGAAAAGAAGAUUGGAACCGGAUAUGUUCCCAAGGAUAAGAAAACCACUGCGGAGAAGAAGGUUGCCGACGGUGAUGCCAAGCCGCAGGAAACAGUUGAAGUUGCGGUGGGCAUCAGUGCAAAAGACACCCAAGACAAACUCGCCCAAAAUGCAGAGUGA